AUGCUGAGCCGCCUGCAGGAGCUGCGCAAGGAGGAGGAGACGCUGCUGCGGGUCAAGGCGGCACUGCACGAUCAGCUCAACCGGCUCAAGGUCCGCGGGGGGGGGGGCGGUUUGAAAGAAUAGCGGGGAGAGGCUUUCUGGGCCCGUCUCUAUGGAUGGGGUGGGGAAGGGGGUUCAUUUGCAUAUGCAAUUUAGGCCGUUGGGUGUGUGCGUCUGCAGGUGCACGUGUGCACGCGUUCCCUCAACCCGUGUUUGAGUUGCGCUUGGUGCAAACGUCUGGCGAGUGCAGCCCGUCAGCAGGGGUGAAGGGACGUGCUGUCAGCGAGUUCAGGGCGGUGGGUUUUUUGAUCCCCCCCAUGCAAAAUGAGGCUUAUUUGGGGACCACGGCUGUGGGUUUGCAGGCAGAACCCAGGCUUUGGUUGCAACGGGUCAGCGCCGUGGUAGAGGAUCUGCCUUGUAGCGUCCUUUAUUACCCUUGGGUGCAGCCCAUCAGGUCCCGGAAAUUUACUGUAGCUAGGUGUUCCCUUAACACCUCUUUUCCUAUCUUGAGCUGCAGCUCCCUCCUUAACAAUGCUCAUUUGGUUAUCACCUGGUUAGGCACUGCUUUCCUUUUGGGUGGAAAAUAUAUUAGAUUUUAUUAUGCAUCUUACUGGAAUUAUUUCAGGUCCGGGGUGGGGAAUAUGUAGUCCUCCCAGAUGUUGGAUGUCCCCAUCAGCCCCAGCCAUUGUGGCCGAUGGUCAGGGAUGGUGUGAGGUGAAGGCUGAUGUCAGCUGGGAGGUUGCAGUUCUCCAUCCCUAGGCUAGACAGUACAGUACUGAGCUGGAGAGGCCCAGCGCCUGGUUCUAUAUAAGGCAGCCUCCUAUGUCACAGAGGAUCCCAUGCUUGAGAAAGUUGCCGUCUACACAACUGGAGGGCACCAAAUUGGCAUAUGCUGGGUUAGGUGGAGGUUCUUGGGCUAACAUAGGAGGGCUCUUUAUUUGUUUUUAUAUGGGUCCAUUUUAUGUUCCUGGAUGUUCUCAUUUGCCUCUGCAGCAUGCAUGUGUUUAUGCAAAUAAGGGAAUAUCCACACCAUACAUUUCAGGUACAUGGCUUCCCCCAAAGAAUCAUGGGAAUUUACAGAGCUACAAUUCCUAGUGCCCUUAAAAUAUAGUUCCCAAGAUUAUUUGGGAGAAGUCAUGUGCUUGAAAUGUACAGUGUGGAUGUGACUUAAGAAUCAAACCUUUUCCUUCCUCUUCUCUUCUCCUCAGCUGUUUUCACAAUAGUAGGCCUCUAUUUUUCCCUCAUUUCGAUAGAGCCCUUAGGCCUGCCUUCUCCUCAGCUCUUGUGCACUAUCCAUCCUCUUCCUGCAACAAUUCCUUUUUGUCAUACUCAAGAGUAGACCCAUUGAAAUGAAUGAACUUGAGUUCCUUAGGUUCACUGAUUUCUGUGGAUCUAUUUUGUGUACAGCUCACAUUGAAUAUCACUCAUUCUCUCUCCCACCUGAAGCUCACUCUUCAAAGAAAAUUCCCAUAUUGCUCAAUAUGACUUGCUAGGCAAUAUUGGCAUUUGAAUGGGUCCUAUCCAACAUUACACCUAUUCACAGCAGACCUCACUUAGCCUGACUCAACUGGAGAUCACCCAAUAUGAAAAAAUAACAGCCAUAUCAGAAACCUGUAUUGGCAUACAUAAUAAUUUAGACAUUUACAUGUUUAUAUCCUGUCUUUCAGUCUCUCAAAGAGCCCCAAGAGGGCAGGGGGUGGGGGAAGAAAGAAAAACACUAAUAUUCAUCUUAAGCUCCCCCAAAGAAGAAAUCCUAUAAGGAAGUUGCUGUAAAUUUGGCAGCCUUGCUCCUUACAGUAACCAACCUAACAUCAAAAGAUAGGAGGAACUUGGAUCACAGCUUCCCUCAAAGCUCUGAACACACAGCUUUGUGUGCGUAGCCCAGGAAGCUUUGACUCUCCAGAUGUUCCUGGGGAGGGAGGGCCAUAGCUUUGUGGUAGAAUUCUGCAUUCAGGUUCAAUCCCCAGUAUCUCCAGGUAGGACUGAGAGAGACUCCUGGCUAUUGGCCAUGCUAGCCAGGGCUGAUGGGAGUUGUAGUCCAACAGCAGCUGGAGGGCUACAGGUUUCCCCAAACCUGGUGUAGUCUUUUAAGCCCCUUGAGCUUUUCCUCGAUCUUCCAAACAAAGGUCAGAUGAAGAGUGCUUAUUCAAAGGUGCAAUUUCUCCAUAGACCAAGCAGUUUGCUUCCUCUUCUGCAACCUCUAUCUAUAAAAGGGCUCGGCCAGUGUUGCACCAGAGGGGUUGUUUGCAGUGUUUUGCUUUAAAUGCCACAAGGUUUUGGGAGCAUUAGUACAGCUUUCAGCUGGGUGCUAAGGCUCUGGUUUGGAGAAGGGAAAAAACAACAACAACAACACACACACACACACACGCACACACACACGGCAGUGUUAUAAAUAGAAAGCUAGGGAAUGCACUUUCCGGAAGAGAUUAGAGCUUAAGCUUCCUGGCAUGUGCAGAGUGCUAGAUGCUAUGCUGAUGCUUGCUCGCCAUUGUUUUGGCACCGACAGAGCUGGCUUCAUUCCAUGUGCCUGUUAAGUGUGCCUCGCAAGCAUGGAAUUCAGCUUUCUUUUAAAAGUAAUUAUUUUUAAACACUACAAUUCUACGGCCCUAAAUUUCUAAUCCUUGUGAUGUGGUAAUUUUGUAAAUCUGGGCAAUGCUGUCUCCACAUCCAUCCCUGUGGACUUUUUAAAAAAAUAAAUGAAACUCGAAUGCUUUUGAAGUGGGAAUCUUAAUUUUGUUUACAGCUACCUGUCUUCCUGUUAUCUCAGUUCGUUCCUGUUCGAGCUCUUUCUCCUCCACCUGCUGUAAUCCACUACUUCUGUUCUUCAUUCUAACAUGUCAACAUGAUUUUAUAUUCAAAAGAGCAGGACUAACUAAUUCUGUGCACCUGAAUAUGUUUGCUGUAAGCUGCUUCUUGUUCUGCUGUUUCUUGACAAUCCUGCCUUCUAGUGAAUCCAGCCAAGUUGCUUUUUUAUUGGGGUGGGGAAUUGCGUGAUUUACCCACAGGGAAAUGGGCUGUAGCUCACUGGUAGAACAUCUGCUUUGCAUGCAGAAGGUUCCAGGUACAGCUGGGAAAGACUCCUUACCUGAAAUUCUGGAGUGCCGCUGCCAUUCUGUGUAGGCAAUACUGAGGUAGGUGGACCAAUGGUCUGACUUGGUGUAAGGCAGCUUUUUACACUCCCGAGAGCUUAGAGGAUUUGAAUUUUGGUGUUCAUAGAAUAUCAUAGAUUUGUAGAGUUGGAAAGGACCACGAGGGCCAUCUAGUUCAACCCCCUGCAAUGCAGGAAUCUUUUGGCUAAUGUGUGGUUUGAACCCACAACCCUGAGUUUAGGAGUCUCAUGCUCUACCGACUGAGCUAUGUCACCAGCAUCAUGCUAUUUUCCCCUGACAUUGGGUGGUGAAUGAGAACAGACUUUGCCAUCCUGGUGCCCUCCAGAUGUUUUGGACUCCCAACUUCUAUUGGUGCCAGCUGGAGAGAGCGCCAGAUUGCCGAAGGGUGAACUUAUCAGUUUUAAUAUUUUGGCUGUGCUGCUUUAACUGUUCUUUAAAACGUUUCUAGGUGGAAGAGUUGGCCCUUCAGUCCAUGAUCAGUGCCAGGGAAGGAAAAAUGACCGUACCUCCUGACACCGAGAUGGAGGAACAUCAGAACGUAAGUUCCCGCUCCCCGCUGUUCUCUUUUGGGAGGAAGGCAGUGUCAGGUUGCCAAGAGAGACAACUGGCCCUGAUCGAAUGCUGGUGAGGAGGUGCAACAUACCAUCCGCUAAUCCUUUUAGUGUUUAUUUCCCCCUGCCUGGAAAGGAGGCUGCCUCCUGUGCCAAAAUGGAUUUGAGCCAGCUGAAUGGUCCCCGUAGCAUUGCUGACACGCUAAGAGUGGGGGGUGGGGAUAGCACCAGGAGAGAGGCAGGAAAAACAUGUCAUUUUCUUUAAAGAACUGUCCCUUUUCAAUUUCUGCCAUCCCCUGGCCACCCCAGGGAGUCAAAGGUAGUCAUUGCUGCCACACAAAACAAGUGUGGAACGAGUGUUUUGUGGCACCAGUGUCUGUUCCAUAAAUCGAAACAGCCAAGCAGGAACCUAUGAGCUUUGGCAACCCUGCAAGUAAACUAGAAAGAUGUAUUUGGGGGUGUUUAUGCAUGUUGUUGCAUCUCUCAAAUAGAAGGGCGCUUCUGGUUUGUGUUCUUUGUCCCAAAGUAACUGGGUUUUUUAUUUUAUGCAUGCUCAUGGGACAGAUGGACAACGAAGCUGCUAUCAAUCAAACUAAAUUGCAGUUGCAAAUGCAUGUCAGUGAAGAGGAAGAGGAGGAGGAGGAAGAGGAGGAGGAAUCCGAUUCAUGA